GGAGUGGUGAUGGAGGUCGAGAUAUUAUUGUAGAAAUUUACGGGUACAGAAUCGUGGUUCAGUGUAAAGCAUGGUUUAAAAAUUCUAUAGGUCAGAACGAAGCUGAUGAGCUUAAGACAGUAGUUCGAGAAGGGAAUUUUGAUUUUGGAAUUCUUGUUGGGGUGUUAGAAGAAAAAAUUGCAUUAGGGGCAUAUAAAUCGGCUGAGAGGUCAGGAGGUGAUAUUAUUGUCACCUUGUAUACUAGAAUGUGUCGAGAUAUUAAGAUGUUGAUUGCUG